AUGACAGAGAAAGAAGCUCUUGAGCUCCUUAGUUGGCACGCCUUUGGAAAUCCUUGUCCCGACGAAGAAUAUAUUGAACUCGCAAGAGAUGUUGUUGACUAUUGUGGAAGAUUGCCCCUAGCUCUGAAAGUUGUUGGUCGUUUGUUGGCUACGAAAAAGAGUAAAACCAUGUGGCAAAAUACAUUGGAUAAAUUGAGAAAUAUUCCAGAUGGAAAAAUUUAUGAAACACUUAAAUUAAGCUACGAUGGGCUACGUGAUGAUCAUGUGAAGGGUGUGUUCCUUGACAUAUCUUGUUUCUUUGAUGGAGUGAGUAUAAGUGAUGUCACAACAAUAUUGGAUGGUUCUAGUCGUUUUUCUGUAGAAGCAGAAAUUACCACACUCUGCGAUCGAUGUCUCUUAUAUAUUGAUGAAGCUACAAAUUUGAGAAUGCAUGAUUUGAUUCGAGAUAUGGGAAGAGAGAUUGUGCGUGCAGAAUCUCCUGUGGAAUUGGGAAAACGUAGUUGA